UAUAUUAUAUUGUACGUGUCGUUGAGGAUGGCUCAUGUUCCGUUCCAACAAGAAUAUUUGCAAAUACCAACGAUAACAAGAGCUUAUACAACAGCAUGCGUAUUGACUACCAUUGCAGUCCAACUUGAAGUGAUAUCUCCGUUUCAAAUUUAUUUUAACCCGGACUUGAUAUUCAAACAUUACCAAAUAUGGAGACUUGUUACCAACUUUCUCUUCUUUGGAACUUUUGGAUUCAAUUUCCUUUUCAACAUGAUAUUUCUAUACCGAUAUUGUCGGAUGUUGGAGGAAGGUUCGUUUAGAGGAAGAACGGCAGAUUUUGUUUUUAUGUUCAUUCUCGGGGGAAUUAUCAUGAGCAUAUUUGGUUUAUUUGUAAACUUAGUUUUUCUCGGCCAAGCUUUCACCAUAUUACUUGUAUACGUAUGGAGUCGAAGGAAUCCUUAUGUGAGGAUGAGUUUCUUCGGGAUUAUAACUUUCCAGGCACCGUACUUACCGUGGGUUCUUAUCGGGUUUUCUCUGAUGUUGAAUAAUCCGAUCAUCGUUGACGGGCUCGGAAUCGCGUGCGGACAUAUUUAUUAUUUCCUUGAAGAUGUUUUCCCGAAACAGCGGGGGGGGUUCAGGUUGUUGCACACACCUCGUGUAUUAAAAUAUUUAUUCGAUGCUCCGACCAACGUCGACGAUUACGCACCACUACCGGAAGCAGAGAGGCCUGGAGGGUUCGCGUGGGGUCAAGGGGGCAUGGCAGGGGGUCAAGAGGGCGUGGCCGGGGGUCAAGAGGGUGUGGCUGGGGGUCAAGAGGGUGUGGCACAUGGGGACAUCCAGGAAGAAGAUUAGUCAAAUUUUUAUUGUUACAAAAACUCAUAGAUGCAAAAUAUAUAUAAACACAGGGGAGGCAGGGAUAGUUAGACACAUAAUAAUGUUUACUGAUUAAUGCAGUGACCACCCUGCCACCCCAGGUUUGGCGUCUAUUUAUCACAAUUGCCUUUAAGAACGCGUUAUAUUUCGUUGUGCAAUGAAUACAAGGUCAAGAUAUUA